UAACACAGCAAACAUUGAACAGCAACACAACAAACAUUGAACAGCAACACAACAAACAUUGAACAGGCAACACAACAAACAUUGAACAGCAACACAACAAACAUUGAACAGGCAACACAACAAACAUUGAACAGCAACACAACAAACAUUGAACAGCAACACAACAAACAUUGAACAGGCAACACAACAAACAUUGAACAGCAACACAACAAACAUUGAACAGGCAACACAACAAACAUUGAACAGCAACACAGCAAACAUUGAACAGCAACACAACAAACAUUGAACAGGCAACACAACAAACAUUGAACAGCAACACAACAAACAUUGAACAGGCAACACAACACACAUUGAACAGGCAACACAACAAACAUUGAACAGCAACACAGCAAACAUUGAACAGGCAACACAACAAACAUUGAACAGGCAACACAACAAACAUUGAACAGGCAACACAGCAAACAUUGAACAGGCAACACAACAAACAUUGAACAGGCAACACAGCAAACAUUGAACACGCAACACAACAAACAUUGAACAGGCAACACAACAAACAUUGAACAGGCAACACAGCAAACAUUGAACACGCAACACAACAAACAUUGAACAGGCAACACAGCAAACAUUGAACACGCAACACAACAAACAUUGAACAGGCAACACAGCAAACAUUGAACAGCAACACAACAAACAUUGAACAGGCAACACAACAAACAUUGAACACGCAACACAACAAACAUUGAACAGGCAACACAACAAACAUUGAACAGCAACACAACAAACAUUGAACAGGCAACACAACAAACAUUGAACAGCAACACAGCAAACAUUGAACAGGCAACACAACAAACAUUGAACAGGCAACACAACAAACAUUGAACAGGCAACACAGCAAACAUUGAACAGGCAACACAACAAACAUUGAACAGGCAACACAGCAAACAUUGAACACGCAACACAACAAACAUUGAACAGGCAACACAACAAACAUUGAACAGGCAACACAGCAAACAUUGAACAGGCAACACAGCAAACAUUGAACACGCAACACAACAAACAUUGAACAGGCAACACAGCAAACAUUGAACACGCAACACAACAAACAUUGAACAGGCAACACAGCAAACAUUGAACACGCAACACAACAAACAUUGAACAGGCAACACAGCAGUGUAACAACACGUUCACAGCAGCGCGGUGCAACACCACACGGACAUCCCGGCGUACGAGCACGGCGAGAACAGGGCGGUGUAACCGCGUGCCCAUUGACCGCCAUCUCGCAUUGGAACUUGUGUCUACGGGACCCCUGGAGUCUGGGGACGGAGCAGAGGGGUCAGGGUGGGGGGCCAGGGCAGUGGGGGUCAUGGAGGCGAGCGCCCCAGACUACGUGACGGCGCAGCUGCUGGGCAUGGUCAACCAGGACGACAUCAGCGCUGUGGUGCAAGCACAGCGCCACAUGUUGGACCGGUUUGAGAAAACGAACGAGAUGCUGCUAAACUUUAACGAGCUGUCAUCGUCGCGCCUCGCCUCCAUGACAGAACGCUUCACCCAGCACACGCGCACGCUCGCCGACAUGCGCCGCGACCUCGACACCGUCUUCCGUCGCAUCCGAACCCUGCGGCGCAAGCUGGAGAAGCAGUACCCCGAGUCGUUCAGCCGCUGCCAUGAGGCGGGGGCCGAGGAGGAGCGGGAGGGUCGCCGUGAGGCAGCGCGGGGCGCGGCGCCGUCAGCAGAGGGCGCGCGUCCCCCUCCUCCCGGACCCCCGUGAGCAGCGAGGAGAGUGGGGAUCCAGGAGCCCUGGCUGCAGUGGUGACGACCGUGGAGCUUGACCGUUCACUGUGGGGUUUUUUUUCCACUGGGUGCGUGAUCUGCGGGUCGGGGUCCUUUUCUGCACUUUCAUCGGACAUUCACAUGGCGUGUCCACACGCAAACACACCCAGACCUUCACAUGAACACACGCAAGUCAACUGGCAUCAGCCGGUUGCGAGUAACGCCCAUGUGGAUUUCACCGCCAUAUUGUCGAGUGGUGCUCGGAAAAGUCACCAACGGCAUUGCACGACUCCACGAUUGGACAUUACACUCAGCAACCCCAACGCACCUUCGACACAUCUGUGCAUUGGGGCAUGGGCAGUGUAGAAUAUUGCUGCCUGCUUGGCUUCGUGUCCCAGGUCUUUUGCUUAAGGAAUUGUGCAAUCAGUGGCUCUGGACUGGGUAAAUAAAGACGUUUGAUCGAC